AUUAUCCAGGCAGAAGCAAUUAGGCAUCGUUCGGCUUACUGUACUUCUAUCUUCAGCGUUCGAAGCAUAAGCUUUUGGGAAACUCUCUGCGCCUCUUUCAUUUUCUUCAAUAUACGGUUUCUUCCAUCUCCCUGAAACGCUCUCUUUUUUCUCUCACAAAUCAAGGCUUCCUCAAAAUUUCUAUCAAAAUCUGGAAGCAUGAACCUUAAUGUUGAAACUUGGAAUUGCAAGCCAGUGAGCUUAAUAGGCUCAGUUUGAGGAAUUUAUGGAUGUUGAUUGGGAGAUUCUUAAGUCCUUUACCAUUAGCUUGAUGCAGAUUGUGUAAAAGGAAGCACCGAUAAUGGAGUUUGCCUGAGGUGUUAUAUCUUUUUCAAGAGUUGACAGUUGCACUUUUGCAGAGGUUUUGUUUGUCUUCAGGGAAGAUAUUUCUUGUGAUCCAUUGGAGGAUUUCCAAACAUAUAUUCCUUUAUUGUUUAUCUAUCAUUGCUAUACUAUAUGGACUGAGGUGCACAUUUCAUGGGAGGUGUGGAGGAUGAUGAACCAGCCUCAAAACGCAUGAAAUUAGCUUCUGGAGAGUUGAGAGGUCUUUCCAACGGUUCUUCUUUAGCAGAGACAACUGUUGAGUCUUCAAGGGACUUGAUGGCUCGGCCCCUACAAUCUGAAGGGGACGAAGAGGUUGUGGGCUCAAAAGGAGUUAUUAAAAGAGUUGAAUUUGUCAGAAUAAUAGCCAAGGCAUUAUAUUCUCUUGGAUAUAAGAAGAGCAGUGCUCAUCUAGAGGAAGAGUCAGGCAUCCCUUUACAGUCAUCUGCAGUAAAUUUAUUUAUGCAGCAAAUUCUUGAUGGCAGUUGGGAUGAAAGUGUAGCUACUUUGCAUGACAUUGGUCUAAAAGAUGAAGACAUUGUUAAGUCAGCCUCUUUUCUGAUAUUGGAACAGAAAUUUUUUGAGCUUUUGGAUGGGGAGAGAAUCAUGGAUGCUUUAAAGACAUUGAGGACUGAGAUUGCUCCUCUUUGUGUCAAUAAUGGUAGAAUCCGUGAGCUUUCUUCCUGUAUUGUUUCUCCUUCAUUGUGUGCUUCAGUUGGGUCUUCUAAUCAAGAUAAUGCAAAGAUGAAGUCUCGGUCAAAGCUGCUGGAGGAAUUGCAAAAAUUGCUCCCACCAACAGUUAUAAUACCUGAAAGGAGGUUGGAAUAUUUAGUUGAACAGGCUCUUACCUUGCAAAGAGAUGCUUGCAUAUUUCACAACUCCAUGGACAAAGAAAUGUCAUUGUAUACAGAUCAUCACUGUGGAAGAGAUCAGAUUCCAUCUCGAACUUUGCAGAUAUUAGAGGCACAUUCUGAUGAAGUGUGGUUCUUACAAUUUUCACACAAUGGGAAAUACUUAGCUUCAUCGUCCAGUGAUCAAUCAGCAAUCAUAUGGGAGGUUGAUACAAAUGGAGUUUCUUUAAAGCAUCGAUUAUGUGGUCAUCAAAAACAUGUAUCCUCUGUUUCCUGGAGUCCUGAUGACCAUCAGCUUCUCACUUGUGGGAUGGAGGAGGCUAUAAGGCGCUGGGAUGUUUCUUCUGGUGAAUGCCUCCAUGUCUAUGACAAAGCUGGUCUUGGCCUCAUUUCCUGUGGAUGGUUUCCAAAUGGGAAAUGGAUAUUAUCUGGCAUUAAUGAUAAGAGUAUCUGCAUGUGGGAUUUGAAUGGAAAAGAGCUAGAGUGUUGGAAAGGGCAACGGACUAUGAAGAUAUCUGAUUUAGAAAUAACAAGUGAUGGGAAGCAGAUCUUAAGCAUGUGCAGAGAAACUGCCAUCCUAUUACAUGAUAGGGAAGCAAAAAUUGAGAGAGUGAUUGAGGAGGAUCAAACAAUAACUUCAUUCUCAUUAUCGAGAGAUGAUAGGUUCUUGCUGGUUAAUCUUCUGAACCAGGAAAUCCACCUUUGGAACAUAGAAGGUGGCAUCAAGCUUGUAGCCAAAUAUAAAGGUCACAAACGUGCCCGCUUUGUUAUUAGGUCUUGUUUUGGGGGACUGGAACAGGCUUUUAUUGCCAGUGGCAGUGAAGACUCACAGGUAUAUAUAUGGCACAGAGGGUCCAGAGAGCUCAUAGAGGCAUUGCCUGGUCAUUCUGGGGCUGUUAAUUGUGUGAGCUGGAAUCCAAAAAAUCCACAUAUCCUGGCAUCAGCUAGCGACGAUCAUACAAUUCGAAUAUGGGGCUUGAAUAGUCUACAAAUGAAACACAAGGGUGCUCACAGUCACGGCAAUGGCAUCCACUACUGCAAUGGGAGAACUUGAAACGAAACUGAGAGCAUAAAAUCUGAAGAUAAAUUCUUCUUGACCAUUGCUAUUGUGUAUACACUGUUUUCAUUGCCGGAAGACAAUUCAUUCCAAACAAAAAUAUGAAUCAUGCAGCAACUUUCUUAUAAUAAAUUUACUAUCAUUUUUAACA